CUCCAACUUCACUUCAUCUUGGCGUCAAGCCAUCGAUGAGGGGCUGAGAAGGAUGCAACAAGGAGUCAGACUGCGCAAAACAACCCCGCACGACAGCAAAGAAGCAGGGGUCAGCAACACAGGUAGUAGACAUGAUGGCAUACAGCCAGAGAAACGGCGUCUCCGCUCUCCCUCUCCUCUUCCCCUCCUCCUCGCCUUUCACCUCUUCCUCGCCCUCGUAUCUCGCGGCUUCUUUCAACCUGACGAGUACUGGCAGUCAUUGGAGGUUGCGCAUCGCAUCGCUUACGGAUACGGCUACACGACGUGGGAGUGGAAAGCGCAGGGCGACACCGCGAGUGGGCUCCCACCGAGCAGGAUAUGGGAACAGCUGGCGCAAGGGCCGAUCAGGAGCGUGAUCCAUCCAGCAUUCUUUGUACCUGUGUAUUGGCUGCUUCAGCUUACAGGUCUGGAAGACACUUCUCUGCGGACAACGGCUCCACGCCUUCUCCAGGCAGUCCUCUCAGCACUCGCGUCCAACGAGCUCUUCCAUCUCGCUCGCGACCUGGGCGAUGAGCACAUAGCCUGUUCAACGCUGCUCAGCCUCCUGACAUCGCCCUACUACCUCUACACGGCAGCGAGGACUUUUGCCAACACCGCAGAGGCGUCAUUGACCGUCUUUGCACUACGCAGAGCGCUCAACAAUCCCGACAAGCCUGGAGCCACGACAACUUCGCUGGCCUUUGCUGCUGCUGCUUGCCUCAUCAGGCCAACAAAUGCGGUCCUUUGGGUCUUCGUCUACGGCUGCAUGUCGUGCGAGAUGAUCAGAAGAAGUCGAUAUGCUCAGCUGGCGAGUCUCUGGGGCAAGGCUCUCGUCAUUGGCCUCCUUGCGAUUGCUGUCUCAAUCAUCAUCGACUCGACUUUCCACGGCCGGUUCUCCUUGCCCAUGAUCCCCUUUCUCCUCACAAACGUCUACCACUCGCUUUCACUCUUCUAUGGCUCGCAUCCUUGGCACUGGUACUUUACGCAAGGUCUGCCUGUCGUUGGCAUGAUGGCGCUUCCCUUCGCGGGAAUGGGCGUCUUGCAAUGGUCGAGGAAAGGGGCGACGUUCCCGCAGCGGAUGGUCGUAGGGACAGUGAUUUGGACGGUGGCGGCCUUUUCGCUGCUGGGACACAAGGAGUGGAGAUUUUUGCAGCCAGUGGUGCCGCUACUACAUCUUCUAGCGGGCGUGGGGUUGGCGUCAUCACGUAGCAACACGCCGUUGUCUUCCUCCUGGUCCGCUUCCUCCCACAUCUGGCACUCCACCACGCCGCGACGUCGGCUGCUCCUCCUCUCUACUCUCCCCCUGGCCAUCUACCUCCUCUUGUUUCACUGCAUAGCGCAAGGCUCUAUAGUUCCCUCCUACCUGCGCCAAGAACACGCCCAGGGCAGAUUGCAGAGCGUGGGCUUCUUGAUGCCCUGCCACUCUACACCAUGGCAAAGCCACUUGCAUCUGCGCGAGAUGGACAAAGAUGAUCGCAUGUGGUUCGUCAGCUGCGAUCCGCCCAGAGCGGGCGAGGACGUGGAGGGGUACAUGGACGAGAGUGACUUCUUUUACGAAGAUCCGGUGAGGUGGUUGCGCAUUUACCUGCCGGGCGAGGCCAGCAUCGAUUCGGCGGGAUCCACAGCAACCAGGUGGGAUCGCGACGUCCAUCCUGCCCUUUGGCAGUCUCCCAUCCACGCUCAAGUUCCCGCCCAUCACUGGCCUUCACACAUCGCCCUCUUCGACGCCCUCCUUCAGCAUCCCAAGUACGGUAGAGAGGUGCAGAUCCUCCUAGCACGGAAGGGUUAUGUAGAGAGAACGCGACUGUGGAAUAGUCUCGUCCACGAUGACGAGCGUAGAAGGGGAUAUAUUGUUGUAUUGAGGCACGAGAGCGUGGGACGAGGCGACUAGGCGUCCUCUUCGUCGUUGUCUUCUUCGUCGUCAUCAUCGUCGUCCUUGGCCUUGAAUGCUAUGCUCUCCGUACCCGGCGCGGCUCUCAUCCUCUUCUCUCCCGCAGCAAUCUUCUCGCCAUUCGUCGUGGCGCUCGCACCCUGAUCGCUUCUCUUGCGCUUUUCGCCAGGCGUCGCUGCCCCGCUGCUAUUGCCAGUCGCUGCGCUCUUGGCUGCUUUUGCCCUCUCCCUAGCUGCCUUCUUCUUCUCCCUCUUGCCCCGAUUCUUGCCCGUCUUGGCCUCGUCCCUGGCCUGCAACUCAGCUUGUUCAAUCAAGAAGCGCGACUCCUCCUUGUCUCUAACAUCCUUCU